UUUCUUUUCCAAGUUCAGUUUAGAUAGAUCUUUUGGACAAGUCCAACUCGUAGUGCGGUUAACGGGGACAACAGAGGCAGAACAAGAGUGUUUCGGAGAAAAUGAACACUGUCCUUUCGUUUCUUACGUUGUCCAAAACAUCUGUUUCUUUUUGUCCCUUAUUUUUCAAUUUCGCUGUUCCUUCUUCCAAAUCCACUCACAUUGAACUUCCCCGCAAAAGGGGUUCUCAAAACACUGGACUUCGCUGCAAAUGUAGCAUCUGGCCAGGUGGCCCUGGCUCUGGUGAUAGUGAUAGCAGCAACAGAAGUGUCCUGGAUGCAUUUUUCUUGGGAAAAGCUGUAGCUGAAGCUCUAAAUGAGCGCAUUGAAUCAACAGUUGGUGAGAUUUUGAGCACCGUUGGAAGAUUGCAAGCUGAACAGCAAAAGCAAGUGCAGGACUUUCAGGAAGAAGUGUUGGAAAGAGCCAAAAAAUCAAAGGAAAAAUCAGCACGUCAAGCUAUGGAGGCACAAGGACUAAUUUCAAAGUCUGGAGUUGAGACAAAAGUCCUGUAUUCAACUACUUCUGACACUUUAAAUUCUUCAACAAAUCCAGUCACUUCUGUUCAGUCUACUGUUGCAUCUGAAACAAUUUCCGAACUUGCCAAAGGGGAGGAACCUACCACUAGUUCAACUAGUGAUGAAUGAUCCAUCCUUUUGUAUUGGGCUUCAACUUUUGACUGAUUUAUACUGAAUUUGCUUAACGCCUUAUGUUCUCCAAUAUAUAUAUAUAUAUAUAUAUAUAUAUAUAUAUAUAUAUAUAUUCAAGAGAGAUUAAUAAAUUCUAAUUCUCAUUUGGAGUGUCCCUGUUUCUUCCAUUAUGCAACAAAAUUUGAUUUGACUUUGUU